ACCAACGGCCGCCGGCGGCCCGCGCCCGGGCCGCGCAAGUCCCGCGCCGCCCGCCCGCCGCCGCUGCCGCCGCCGCUGCGCCUCGGCCGCCCCCUGUCCCGCCGCCUCUCUCUGAGCAGCCCGGCCUGGGCCUUCAACGCGGCCGUGGCGCUGGCCGUGCUGGUGGCCGCGGGCCUGGUGGUGUCGGGCGUCUACAUCUUCUUCCUCAUCCCGCACGCCGCCUCCUCCGGCCCCGCGCGGCCCCAGCUCGUGGCGCUCGCCCCCGCGCCUGGCUUCUCGUGGUUCCCGCCGCGGCCCGCGCCCGGGGCGCCCUGGACCCCCGCCUGGACGCCGCGCCCCACGGGCCGUGACCUGGACACUGCCCUGCCGGGGGCUGCGGAGGACGCGCCGCAGCCCGAAGGGGGCUCCGAGGACACGGCGGAGGGCGAGGGGACGCCGGCCAGGGCCCCGAGCCGCACGUGGAGGGCAGGGGCUGGGCCCGGCUGGGCCCCGCGGGGACGGGGCGCGAGGAGGGUGUGGGGGCUGCAGUAA